GGGCUGCGUCUGCGCGCCGCGGAACGGCGGAGGGCGGCUUUGCAGCUUUUGCUCUGAGUGCUCCUUUGCUUCCUCUGCUUUGGGUGGGAGUUUGCUCUCACCCGGCCGCAGUCGCGCGGCGGGUUUGGUGCCCAGGGGAGCUCCGGCUUUAACAGCUUGGAACAGGUAUGAGUGAUUUCAGUGAAGAAUUGAUACGGCCCACGACAGAGGAUGAACAGGGGGAAAAAUGCGUGUCCUCUGGUACAGGGAUGUGUUUUCCUUGGCUCCAAAAGCAUAUAGAAACUAUAGCCACUGGAGGGAAACAGGAGAAGGAUUUUGCUCAGACAACAAGUGCUUGUUUAAGUUUUAUCCAAGAAGCUCUGCUGAAGCACCAGUGGCAAAAAGCUGCAGAAUACAUGCACAGUUACCUGCAGAUCUUGGAAGAUUCAGACAGCAAUAAAAGGCAGGUUGCACCCGAGAUUAUUUGGAGGCUUGGAAGUGAAAUUCUUUAUUAUCAUCCUAAUAGCAGUGUGGAGACGUUCAAUACCUUUGCUGACCGGAUGAAAAACAUUGGCGUCAUGAAUUACUUGAAGAUCUCCUUACAACAUGCAUUGUACCUUCUGCAUCAUGGCAUGCUUGAGGACGCCAACAGAAAUCUCAGCCAGGCAGAGACGUGGCGAUACGGUGAAAAGUCAUCUUCCCAGGAAGUGUUAAUUAACCUUAUUCAGGCCUAUAAAGGGCUUUUGCAGUAUUACACGUGGUCUAAAAAGAAGAUGGAGCUGUCUCAGCUUGAUAAGGAAGAUUAUGCUUUCAACGCGGAGUCCCAGACGCUGCUCAACCACAGCUGGAAGACGUCUGUAAACCUGUGUGCGUUGAUUCAGACUCCUGGAGUUUGGGACCCGUUUGUGAAGAGUUACGUAGAGAUGCUGGAAUUCUAUGGGGAUCGAGACGGAGCCCGAGAGGUGCUCACCAAUUACGCCUAUGACGAGAAGUUCCCGUCCAACCCCAAUGCUCACGUCUAUUUAUACAGCUUCCUCAAGCGAGAGAAGGCCCCCAGAGAGAAACUGCUCCGUGUGCUGAAGAUUUUGUAUCAGAUUGUACCAUCUCAUAAACUGAUGUUAGAAUUCCAUAGAUUACUGAGAAAAUCAGAGAAGGAAGAACACCGUAAACUGGCCUUGGAGGUAUUGUUUGGAAUCUUAGAUUUUGCUGGAUGCACUAAAAAUAUAACUGCUUGGAAAUAUUUGGCAAAAUAUCUCAGACAGACUUUAAUGGGGAACCAUCUUGCCUGGGUUCAAGAACAGUGGAACUCCAGGAAAAACUGGUGGCCAGGCUUUCACUUCAGCUAUUUUUGGGCAAGAAAUGAUUGGAAGGAUGACAACGCUUUGGCUUGUGAGAAGGCUCUGGUAGCUGGGAUGCUGUUGGGAAAAAGUUCUAGAUAUUUUCGGUACAUUUCAAAACAAGAUCAUCAAGUCUUAAAGAAGAAAAUUAAGCAGAUGAAGAAAUCAGUGAAAAAAUAUAGCAUUGUAAAUCCUGGACUCUGAAUUUUAGUUAUUUCAGAUUGGUAGCUACAGAGUUUUAAAUGUAUUUAUUAUUUAUUUGGUAUUUUAAGAAGGUACUUUUUUUGGCUACAGAAGUGCUAUUUUUUUAAUAUUUUCCUCUCAAUUAUAGGUAGAGAAACUGUCUCACUGCCUUUGCUCUUAGUAAAUAAAUAUUCUUCCUUUUUUGUACUGUUUAAUGUUUAUUAAGGAAUAAUCUUCAAAUGCAAAUUUUUGUUUAAUCAGAGAAUGCAGCAGUACAGCAGUCAUUGCUGUUUGCAGAUAACUUGCCUAUGAUAAUUGCGUAAUAAACUAUAACCUGUGGUUCUGCU